AUGGUGCUGGUCCAGUACGUCAAGAAGGCUGUGAGCUGGCUGAUCCCUCCUCCGCCGAAAUCUGAAGAUGGGCGGGAUCAAUGGCCGUCGCGCGCCGCUUUCCUGCUGGCUGCGAUGGGAGGUUGCGCUGGCCAGGGAAACCUGAUCCGCUAUCCUUCGGUGGUCUAUAACAACUAUGGCCUGCAGUGGUUCAUCCCGUAUCUGAUUGCCAUCUUUGUCGUCGCCAUACCUGCCCUCAUCCUCGAGAUUUCCAUCGGCCAGGCGUACAGAGGGGGAACCGUCAUCGCCUUCAACAAGAUCAACAAGCGCCUGAAAGGAGUAGGGCUGGGACCCAUUCUGGUCAGCUUUAUCGUCACGCAGUACUUCACCGUCAAUCUCGCAUGGAUUAUGAACUAUUUCCGCAACUCCUUUAUCAGCCCGUUGCCCUGGGAAAACAGGAUUGAGGAGUUCUACAUGGGCGAUGUUGUCGCCAACGUCGACCCUAUCCCCGGCAAUCUGACAGAGGGAAACAAGGAGGUCGCUGCCUAUACCCAGUAUCCUGGAGUGGCUGUUAUCGGCGAGACCGUCGGCUGGAGCGCCUUCAUCUGGUUCCUGAUCUGGAUCUCCAUCUUCCGCGGAGUCGGUCUGACGGGACGUGUGGUCUACUGGACCAUGGGGCUGCCCAUCGUGACAACCAUCAUUCUGGUCGGGAGAUCCGUUUCGCUCGACAACGCCGGAGCGGGCGUGCGACUCCUCUGGGCUACGUGGAGAGGCGGCGAGCUGGCCUCCGGCACAGUCUGGCAAACGGCCGUCGGACAGGUCUUUUUCUCGACCGGCAUCGGUUUUGGCUACUUUACCUCAUACGCCUCCUACAAUGCCAAACAUUCCAACGCGGUAAUGGACGCACUGCUCAUCUGCGGUAGCAACGUUCUGUUCGAGAACUUUGCCGCCUUUGCGGUAUUCGGCGUCGUGGGCUAUCUGCGCCGGUGGCCGCAGGACGGUGAGAGACUGGGAGCAUUCGUAGUCGGAUUCCUGACCCUCCCGGAGGCGGUUCUGCAUAUGCCCGGGGCGAAUUUCUGGGCCUUCCUGCUCUUUUUCACCCUGGUAGUCCUGGGCUUCAGUUCGGCUUUUGUCAUGCUCGACGCCGUGGCGACCUUGAUCGUUGAUUCUGGAGUUAAAGUUUCGCGCCCGAUCAUUGUGACGGCCUUGACGCUGAUCUCGUUCUUGAUGUGUCUGCCGUACUGCACGGAAUUUGGCUUCUACCUGCUCGACGGUAUCGACCGGUGGAUCAACAACAUUGGCCUUAUCUUCGUCGUGUGGUCGGAGCUCGUCGGCGCGACUACCGUCUACCGCUGGACGGAUGUGGUCGAUCAGACGGGGCUACCGGCGUUCGUCGUGUACAACGUCGGGUAUUUCGGAGGACAGAUCGUCGGUGUCGCUGUCGCACACGGGCUCGAGUAUCCCCCCGCGGGCGCUGGCGCAGGCUUUGGGCUUUACAUCGUCUGCACGGUCCUCGCAAUGAUGAUAUCAAAGACGCCCGCCUGCGAAGCGCCCAGCAUCUGGAACAACGUCCUCCUCAGACGGUUCUGGUACCUAGCCCUCUACUCGGGCAAUCAGCUCAGACGGGACCUCAAUGCCGUCGUAGGCGGCGGCAAGAACUGGAAUAUCCCUCGCUUCUGGCCUGUCCUCUUGCGCUACGUCAGUGCGCCUAUCCUGGCGAUUAUCUUCUCCUUUGCGUACCCCGAGUUCCAUACCCUCCGGUAUGACCCGCUCAUGAUCACCGGGUUUAUCCUGACGCACCUGUGCUUGCUCGCUAUCUUGCUCGGUCUGGUUAUGCCUCGGUAUUAUGACGUGUUUAUCCCGCCCAGUCGUCGGAAUGACGGGGGCGAGGAGACUAUUGUUAAUGAGGCCAAGGAGGAAGAGGUGGUAGCUGAACGUUUGGAUUCGAGUUUAGCCUGA